AUGGCGGACGCAUCACCCCAGGUCAUCCGGACCACCACCACCGACCUGUUGAACAUCAAACACCCCAUCAUGCUCGCCGGCAUGAACGUCGCCGCUGGCCCCAAGUUGGCCGCCGCCGUGACCAACGCCGGUGGCAUCGGUGUCAUCGGAGGUGUCGGGUACACCCCGGACAUGCUCCGCGAGCAGAUUGCGGAGCUCAAGAGCCAUUUGAAGGACAAGAAGGCGCCGUUCGGUGUGGAUCUUUUGCUGCCGCAGGUUGGUGGAAGCGCGCGCAAGACCAACUACGAUUACACCAAGGGCAAGCUGAACGAGCUGGUCGACAUCAUCAUCGAGUCGGGCACCAAGCUUUUCGUCUCGGCCGUCGGUGUCCCGCCGCAAGCCGUCGUCGACAAGCUCCACAAGAAUGGCAUCCUCUACAUGAACAUGAUCGGUCACCCCAAGCAUGUCGCCAAGUGCCUUGCUCUCGGCGUUGACAUGAUCUGCGCUCAGGGAGGAGAGGGAGGCGGCCACACUGGCGAUGUGCCGACAUCUGUCCUCAUCCCCACUGUCAAGGCCUUGUGCGAGGGCAAGAAGAGCCCAAUGACCGGCAAGCCCGUGCAGGUGAUUGCUGCUGGAGGCAUCUUCAAUGGCCAGAGUCUGGCAUCUGCUAUGGCUUUGGGCGCCUCUGCCGUCUGGGUUGGUACCCGCUUUGUGCUGUCCGAGGAAGCCGGAGCACCCAAGGCGCACAAGGAAGCCGUGCAAACGUCUGGCUUCGACGACAACGUCCGUACCAUCAUCUUCACCGGCCGACCGCUGCGAGUGAGGAGGAACCCGUACAUCGACAACUGGGAGGAGAACCGACAGAACGAGAUCAAGGAGCUCACCAACAAGGGUGUCAUCCCGGUGGAGCACGACAUUGAGCGCAUGGGCGACGACAUUGACGAUGACACCAUGGACAACGCCCGUCCCUUCCUCAUGGGCAAGGUCGCGGCGGUGUGCAACGAGAAGAAGCCGGCGAAGGUGAUUAUCGACGAGAUGGUGACCGAGGCGGCGAGUGUCAUUGCUGCGAACAUGUCGAGCGUUGUUGGCAAGUCGAAGCUUUGA